AUGGGCGAUCAUGAGCUGUCCGAGUCGGAGAAGGCGAUUGAGCGCUACAAGGUGAAAAAACUCAUCCAGAUGCUUGAGUCCGCGCGUGGCAUGGGUACCAGUGUUAUCAGUAUUUACAUGACGCCGAAGGAGCAGGUCUCUGGUAUGGUCACAAAGUUAAAUAAUGAGUACGGCACCGCGUCGAAUAUUAAGUCCCACACCAACAAACUGAGUGUUCAAAGUGCCAUCACUGCCUCCCUUGGGCGCUUGAAGCAGUACAAUCGUCUCCCACCGAACGGGCUUCUUCUUUAUUGUGGUACCGUUCUCACAGCCGAUAACAAGGAAAAGAAGCUCACGCUGGACAUUGAGCCAUUUAAGCCCGUUAGUCGCAGUUUGUACCUCUGUGACAAUAAGUUUCACACAGAGGAGUUACACCGCAUGUUGGAAUCAGAUGAGAAAUUUGGCUUCAUUGUAGUGGACGGUAGCGGUACGACAUACGCGACUCUCUGCGGGAGCGUCAAGGAGAAACUCGGUUCUUUCACGGUGGAGCUACCAAAAAAACAUGGUCGAGGUGGUCAGAGUAAAAACCGUUUUGCUCGUAUUCGUAUGGAACGCCGUCACAACUACUUGCGCAAAGUGGCAGAGGGGGCCACGCAGUACUUCAUCACGAACGACCGUCCGAAUGUCGUGGGCCUUGUGUUGGCAGGUUCUGCAGAGUUUAAGGAGGUGCUAUACCAGUCCGAUCUCUUUGACCCGCGCCUCAAGGCCGUGGUGUUGAAAGUGGUGGAUGUAGCUCAUCCCGGCGACGUUGGUUUAAAUCAAGCCAUAGAUCUUGCCGCCGAUGCUCUCACGGGCGUAAAACUUGUGCAGGAGAAAAAGCUGCUGCAGAGCUUUUUUGAUCAGAUUGCCUGUGACACACAGAUGUAUUGCUUUGGGGUGAACGACACCAUGAAGUGUCUAGAGGCGGGUGCGGUCGAGACGCUCAUUGUGUAUGAGGAUCUGGAGAUGAGCCGGUACACAAUAGUCAAGAAUCGUGGGACACCAGAAGAGGAGGUCACCAUCCGCAUCAUGACAGAUGCCAACGCGGCGAAGGAGAACAUCCACGCACAUGAAGCAGGAAAGACACAAAACGAGAUUGAGGAGGAGAAUUUUGUGGACUGGCUUGCGACAAACUACCAGAAAUUUGGAUGCACCCUGGAACUUGUUACAAACCGUAGCCAGGAGGGGACGCAGUUUGUUCGCGGAUUCGGCGGUAUUGGCGGUAUUCUCCGGUACAAACUCGACCUGAUGGCACUCCGGGACGUGGAGAAGAAGGAUGACGACGAUGAACGCAUCGCCGCAAACAACGAAGACUACGACUUUGAUGACGACUUCAUGUGA